ACAAGGAAAAAGAAAAGAGAUAUUUCAAAGCUCCCUGUUUUAUCUUCCCUUGUCCGGAUCUGGAGAAUCCUUUGGUAAGGCUUCCCACAGCGCAGCUCUGAAGGACGUUCCUAGCUGGGGCUUUCAGGCCAAAUAUAUAUAUUUAUAUGUUCAACUGCUUUCCCCCUCAACUAAGAAGAAGAAACUGGCCCUUUCUUCAGUGGGAUGAAGCAUGCCUGGCGUUUCCCCCCAUCUUUGUUCCUCAGUUUUGUGAACGUUUGCCUAGCAAUUCAGGCAAAUUAUGCUCCCUAUUUUUUUGACAACGGAGCCAGCAGCACCAACGGGAACAUGGCGCUUUUCAGCAUUUCCGAAGACACAGCCGUGGGGACCCAUGUAUAUACGCUGAAUGGAACAGACCCAGAAGGGGAUCAAGUGACGUAUGGCAUAAGCUUUGAAGCUGGGACUAGAAGUUAUUUUGCAGUUGAUGAGAACUAUGGGAACAUUACUCUUGUUGAGGAACUCGACCGUGAGAGAGAAGAUGAGAUUGAAGUCGUCGUCAGCAUUUCCGAUGGUUUAAGUAAAGUAUCAGAGAAAGUCAGAAUCCUUGUCACAGAUGCAAAUGACGAGAGUCCAGAAUUUCUCAACACACCUUACAUAGUCGAAGUCCUGGAGAGUGCUCCAUCAGGAAGCAGCAUCUACAAAAUUGAAGCAGUGGACCGAGAUACGGGAUCUGGGGGCAGCAUCACCUACUUUCUACAGAAUGUUCAUACAAACAAGUUUAUGAUCGAUCGUCAUAGCGGUGUCCUUCGCAUCAAAACAGGGAUCUCUCUUGACUAUGAAAAAUCGAGAACUCAUUUUGUUACAGUGGUGGCAAAGGAUGGUGGUGGCAAGUUACGUGGUAACAACAAGGUGUUCUCGGCCACAACCACUGUCACAAUCAAUGUUGAAGAUGUUCAGGACACACCACCAACAUUUGUCGGCACUCCGUACUAUGGAUAUGUUUAUGAGGACACAUUGGCUGGUUCCGAGGUGAUGACGGUUGUUGCUAUUGACGGAGACCGAGGGAAGCCUAACAGAAUCCAUUACACUCUUCUGAAUGGAAGCGAAGGGUCCUUUGACAUCAACAACGCAACGGGAGCGAUUUCUGUUAUUAAAAGCCCAAUUAAACUGAAGAAAGAAGUGUACGAGCUGAAAAUCCAGGCCUCAGAAGUGGAUCCGGAUGGCGAGAUGACUGUGCAUUCCUUUGCUAUGGUGACUAUAAGAGUUGUGGACCUCAAUAAUCACCCACCGACGUUCUAUGGAGAAAACGGGCUGCAGAACCGGUUUGAGCUCACCAUGUAUGAACAUCCACCAGAGGGCGAGAUCUUGAGGGGGCUCAAAAUUACCGUUAACGAUUCUGACCAGGGAGCGAACGCCAAAUUCAACCUCCGACUUGCCGGGCCUGGCGGCAUCUUCCACGUUGUCCCACAAACUGUUCUGAACGAAGCACAGGUCACUGUGAUAGUGGAAAACUCUGCGGCCAUUGACUACGAAAAAUUCCAGGUUUUAUCCUUCAAGCUUCUUGCAAUAGAAGUUAACACUCCUGAGAAGUUUAGUUCAACAGCUGAUAUUGUGAUACAUCUCUUGGAUACCAAUGACAACAUCCCAAAGUUUACCUCAGAUUACUACAUCGCUCGGAUUCCAGAGAACUCUCCUGGAGGCUCCAAUGUAGUGGCUGUAACAGCCACAGAUCCAGAUUCGGGCCUUUGGGGCGAAGUGAAGUAUUCCAUAUAUGGAACAGGAGCAGAUCUAUUCUUGAUCCACCCGUCUACUGGGAUUAUCUAUACCCAACCAUGGGCCACAUUAGAUGCUGAGGUCAACUCCAAAUACAACUUCUACGUGAAAGCAGAAGAUACGGAAGGGAAGUACAGCUUGUCUGAAGUCUUCAUUACGGUGCUUGACGUCAACGAUCACUCCCCGGAGUUCAACGGGAACAUCCAGGAGAAAACUAUGAUUAUUGGAUCGCCAGUAAAAGUGGAGGCAAUCGACCAAGAUGCAGAGGAACCGAACAACAUCGUCGACUACACCAUUAUGCAAGCCGAUCCGGCCAACGUGUUCGAUAUAGACCCAUGCACAGGAGAAAUAAAGCUGAAAUCCUACAUCAGAUCCUUGGACAUCAUUUACAACAUCACCAAAAACAAAGACUGCAUAUGGUCGGUGGUAGUGCAGGCCAAAGAUCGGGGCUCUCCUUCAUUUAGUACCACGGCUGUUUUGAAGAUUGAUAUCACAGAAGAGACUCUUCACAAAUGGCCAAUGGCCACCUUUUUGAUGCACACAAAAGAUAACCCCAUGAAAGCCUUAGGAGUUCUAGCUGGUGUCAUGGCGAUAAUGGUGAUGAUCACCAUCUUGAUCUCCACCGCCAUGUUCUGGCGCAAUAAGAGGUCCAACAAAAUCAUGCCAGUGCGACGGAUCAUUCGGAAAAGACAGAACUCUCAACCCCGGAUGGUCAAGCUGGAUUGGCUGAAAUUCAAGAGUUUCGCUAGAGACACGGAGACGUUCACCCCCCAAGAUGACAUCAGGAGCCUGCAGAAUGAGAACAGCAACAACAACCUGGUCCAGGUGCUGCCCCCUUCGCUGCCGGCCGCGCCUGCCCCGCCCCCUGCCCCGACGUUCAUGGCGAGCCUCUCUGACUGGAGGGUGCCCACAGUGUCUGGCUCCCUGAGCCCCAAGAUCAAAAGCAAACAGAUGAAGAAAAAGGGAUCUGGCAGCAUGGGCCACAACGCCCUGGUGUCUGAGCUCAAGCUGAGGUUCGAAAAGAGAAACACAGCCUCCGGGCGCCCUCAUAUCUAGCGCCUCUCCAGAAGCUGCACGGCAGAGUGCAGGCAGUGUUCCAAUGACACGGUGUGAUUGCUCUUUUGUAUUUUGUACUGUUCUCCCGUCUCUGCUCCAGGUGUGAGCACUCAGUAUUUCCAUCCCGUUUUCUUGGACUACCUGCCGUUGUAAAGAUGUGUCCGUGUAGACUUGUUUCAUUUUUACCAUGACGAUAUCAGUGUGAUGGCGGUUCGUUAUGACUUUUGUGUAGAUUUUUCAGGCCAAAAUUAUGUCUGUACUAUGCUAAGAUGCUCAUUUAUCCAGAUUCGGGUUUAUUCUAAGGCUGAUUUAUUUACAUUCAUCCAGUGUUUUUAAGGGUUUUCUCCAGAUGCCUCCAAGAUAUCCCCUCCUGCACCUGUGAGGCCUGGUAGUCACUGGAAUUUUGAUGGGUCUAGGAUUACUUCCAAAAAUUGCUGCCCCAUAGCAAGAACAUGAGGAUGUAGUCCUUAGUCUAACUUGGGCAGAAUUCAGCAGCAGCUGAAUAAAGGUUGAUGCCUUAAGAUGAGAUAUGAUGGAUCUAAGUUUGGCAUAGGGGUUAAGAGCAGCAGACUCUAAUCUGAGAACUGGGUUUGAUUCCCCACUCCUCCACAUGAGCAGCAGACUCUGAUCUCAUAAACUAGAUUUUUUGUCCCCACCAUUCUUCCACAUGAAGUCUGCUGGGUGAACUUGAGCUGGACACAGAACUCCCUCAGCCCCACCUACCUCUCAAGGCAUCCGUAGUGGGGAAAGGAAGGGAAGGUGAUCGCAAGCCAGUUUGAAAAGCCAUCAAGGUAGAGAAAGGUGGGGUAUAAAAAUCAACACUUCUUUUUCUAAGGACAGUAGAGGAAUGGAAGUGAGGACCCACAAGUGGGGAAAGGAUGGCUGGUACAUAAGGCCAGAAAUUGAAGCCCCCAAAGCAAAUCACUGAAGCCCAAGUGGAAUAAGAGGAGGGCAGGUGACCUUUGAGAACUGCAGUGUCAACUGGGGUCGGGAAGGGGACACAGGAAGGCACCAGCAUGUUCAAGAUUGGCCCACUAAGACCCUUUUAUCCAUUGCCUUGCAAAUAAAUCCACACUGUAGUUACCAUGGGAAGUGUGGUAACCAGUGCAGCCAGAGUCUGCAUCUCCUAUAGUUUAGAAAUAAUUGGGAUCCUAGUAUUGAACAGCAAAUGCAGAUAUGCUAAGAAGGAUGACCAGCAGUGGUGGGAUCCAAAAAUUUUAGUAACAGGUUCCCAUGGUGGUGGGAUUCAAACAGUGGCGUAGUGGCAAUGGGACUGGG